AUGCAAGUGCCGGUUCUCGGCUGCACUUUCCUCACGCUGUCAGAUCGUGAGGAAAGUACUGCCGAGAACCGGCAGUUGUCAGAGCGGGGAUCGGCACCGAUCAUCAGGGCCACUGAUGAUCAGUGCCCUGAUGAUCGGUGCCCAGCAGUGCCACCCACAAGUUCCGCCCACCUGUGCCCAGCACUCCGCCCACCUGUGCCCAGCAGUGCACCCACCUGUGCCCAGCAAUGCACCCACCUGUGCCCAGCAGUGCACCCAGCAGUGCCACUCUGCAGUGUCACACACCUGUGCCCAGCAGUGCCACCCACCUGUGCCCACCCACCUGUGCCCACCAGUGCC